CGAAAUAUUUUUGGAAAUCACGAGCGGUGAGAGCACGUACUCGCAUAGGUUAGGUGGAUCGGAGGACGACGACGAUGACGCGCGCGCGCGUGGGCAAGACUUUCUACGCCACGCGAGCACAGGUGUAGCCGGCGCAGAGAUUAGUUUGGCGGCAGCGUUGAAAAGGUGUUGCCGGAAUGUCGGCGAGGCGCGAGAAUGGGAAGACUACGAAUCCUCGGGGUAUCCUUCGCUGACGCGCCUCUGCGCGCCGGUGCCUCCUGGAACGCGCACGCCUGCGACACGAUAUCUCGUGCGUUUCGAGCGCCGCGAGGUUAGCUCGGGCACGCGACACGUCGGUGAGAAUGUCGAGCGUGGUCGCGAGGCCGCGUUUUAGCGGAUAUUUGACCACCUUUUGGCGUCUGCGGCAACGGCAGUACAGCACGAUAGUCGACUCGACCAGGGGCAAGCAAGAGAAUCUUGAAGCUAGACAGAGGGAGGUCAUGGCGCGCGGUCUUCCGAAACGAAAACGCAUAAAGGGCGUUAAACAAAUUUUUCUAAUCGCCUCCGGCAAGGGCGGCGUUGGGAAAUCGACCACCGCCGUGAAUCUGGCAACCGCCCUGAAAAUUAUUGAACCAAAGAGGUCUGUAGGAUUGCUGGAUGCCGACGUUUUCGGACCCUCUGUACCUCUGAUGAUGAACAUACACGAGUCACCUGUGCUGAAUCGAGACAACCUUAUGGAGCCUCUUGUAAAUUACGGUGUGAAAUGUAUGUCCAUGGGAUUUUUAAUCGACGAGAAAUCACCAGUAGUUUGGAGAGGGCUGAUGGUGAUGAGCGCGCUGGACAAGCUGGUGAAUCAGGUUGCGUGGGGGCCGCUGGAUUAUCUCGUGAUCGACACUCCUCCCGGGACAGGGGAUACGCAUCUCUCUCUGAUCCAGACUCUCUUUAUUGCCGGUGCGUUGCUGGUGACGACGCCGCAGAAAGUCGCGCUGGAGGUGACCAGGAGAGGCGCGAAUAUGUUCAAGAAGUUGGACAUCCCCGUUGCCGGUAUUGUGGAGAAUAUGAGCAGCGUUACGUGUCCGAGAUGCCAGACGGAGGUGCCACUCUUCGGCAACGCCACGCUCACGUUAGCCAAAGAACUUGAUGUGGAUAUUUUGCAGAAGGUACCGAUGCACGAAAGCAUCGCGGAAAGUUCGGACAGUGGCAAACCCAUUGUCCUAGCGGCACCAAAGAGCAGACAAGCAGAAGCUUAUAGGGAGUUAGCAGAACACGUUGUUACAUUUUUAAAUAAGCAGGAAAUAAAUGAGUGAUAAAACAAGAA